ACUCCAAGAGGAGGAGAGCCAGCAGCAGAGCAGAGAUGGGAUGCUGCAGCAACACAGGGCUGUCCCACUGCAGAGCAGCUGCAGAGCACAGAGAGCUGGCACCAGCCCUUCUUCAGGACCAGUUGGCAGGUAAAGGGAUCUGAGAACUGACCUCUGUCCCUGUGGAAGCAGUGUUGUCCUAAUGUCCUUCACCAUCAUGAAAUCAUGUGAAAAUGUCACUUAAGUGUCUUUCCCAUAGCUGUGCAGGUGCAGAGGAGCUGUCCUUCAGCACAAUGCAGCAUUUCUAUGCAGCUCUGUUCUGGUCCCCCAGCAAGAAAGGAGUAGAUUGCCUUUCACAGCCCACUCUAUUAUAAGCAAACAGUGCCUAUGUACAGCUAUGAGCUGGCAGAUGAUCAUAAGUCAAGAAGAGUCCCAUCCAUCUGCGCACUGCAACGAGCCAGCCAGUCUACAUCACUGCUCAUCACAGCAAUGUGCUGUAUUAUUACCUGCAGUAUCAAAUCUGCAGAAGUAGGGGGUGUCUACCAAAACCUCACAUGAUACCCAAGUAGCAGACCGUAGCCAGAGACUAGAUCUCUCCACCCAUAGCAAGCAAAGCAUGUAUGCACCCAGGUCACCCUUUGCUAUCUUACCAGCCAGCUGCAUGAGAUAAAGCCUUCCUCUGUCUGUUCCACUGCCAGGCUCUUGACAAUAGUGUUACCCGUUGGAAUAAGGAGGGGAGGGAGCAUGGGGAGAGAGGAGACAUUGCAGCAUUGACCAAUCUACAAGACCAGGGUGGGCUCCUCGGCUGCAGCAGUGCGGCGAAUGCCACAGAAACUUCUCCUCUGAUCUCUUCGCCACCCUGAACCCAGAAUGAGACGCCAAAAGGAGAAAUUAGUAUAAUAUUACCAUCCCAUGUGUUGGAGAAUUGUGUGUCUACCCUGAGAUGCCAGAGAAUUAACCCUAUGUGGCUUGGUUUCCAGUUCGCAGCAUGGGGGAACGUUGACCUACAGCCCAUCAGUCAUGAUGGUCCAGAAGUAUCCUUCAGAAAGUCCAACCGUUUUUCGGACAUAGCCAUGAACAGCUGCAGAUACAACGGGGGGAUCCCACGACCCCUCAGCAGCCUGAGCUCCUCCAGGAGAAAUCUCCAUGAGGCAGACCCAGAGACCCAACCCCUGCAGACCUUACACAGUCCAGGGAUUGAAGUGGUUGUAAACAAAAAUGACCCACUCAAAGCAUCGCACCGCAGCCUACGAGGAGGAGAUGAUGGUAGCCACCGGGGCCAAAAGAAAAACCAAAACGUUGGCUACAAAUUGGGUCAUCGCAGAGCCCUGUUCGAGAAGAGGAAAAGGCUCAGUGAUUACGCACUUAUUUUUGGAAUGUUUGGUAUUGUGGUCAUGGUUACCGAGACAGAGCUAUCCUGGGGGGUCUACACUAAGGAAUCCUCUUACUCAUUUGCACUGAAAUGCCUUAUCAGCCUCUCAACUGCUAUCCUGCUUGGACUCAUUGUCAUGUAUCACGCCAGAGAGAUCCAGCUUUUUAUGGUGGACAAUGGAGCGGAUGACUGGAGAAUAGCCAUGACCUAUGAACGGAUAUUUUUCAUCACUUUAGAGUUGACUGUGUGUGCCAUUCAUCCUAUCCCUGGACAGUACUCUUUUACCUGGACAGCUCGUCUGGCCUUCUUCUAUACCACCUCUGUAGCCAAUGCCGACAUAGACAUCAUCUUAUCCAUCCCUAUGUUCUUAAGGCUCUAUCUAAUUGGACGUGUGAUGCUCCUCCACAGCAAGCUCUUCACUGAUGCAUCUUCAAGGAGCAUAGGCGCCCUCAACAAGAUCAAUUUCAACACACGCUUUGUAAUGAAGACUCUUAUGACCAUCUGUCCGGGUACAGUUCUUCUGGUUUUCAGCAUCUCAUCUUGGAUCAUUGCAGCAUGGACAGUCCGAGUAUGUGAAAGGUACCAUGACAAACAGGAGGUGACCAGUAACUUCCUGGGUGCCAUGUGGCUGAUUUCUAUAACGUUCCUGUCAAUUGGUUAUGGAGACAUGGUGCCUAACACAUAUUGUGGAAAGGGAGUCUGUCUGCUAACUGGAAUCAUGGGUGCAGGCUGCACAGCUCUGGUUGUUGCCGUUGUUGCAAGAAAGUUGGAACUCACCAAAGCUGAGAAACACGUACACAACUUUAUGAUGGACACACAACUUUCAAAGCGGGUGAAAAAUGCAGCUGCCAAUGUGCUCAGGGAAACGUGGCUCAUUUACAAAUACACAAAGCUUGUGAGAAAAAUUGACCAUGCUAAAGUACGCAAACAUCAGCGCAAGUUCCUGCAAGCAAUUCACCUAGCACAGAAGUUACGCAGUGUGAAAAUGGAACAGAGAAAGCUCAAUGAUCAGGCCAACACUUUGGUGGAUUUAGCAAAGACACAGAAUGUGAUGUAUGACCUCAUGUCUGAACUGCAAGAACGAAAUGAUGAUCUUGAGAAGAGGAUCAUGACCUUGGAGACCAAGAUUGACUCCCUGAAUGGUUCUCUCCAUGCUCUUCCAGGGCUAAUAGCUCAGGCUCUGCUCCGAGAGCAGGGAGAACUCUUCCUCCUGCGGUCCCACAGGCCUUUUCCCCCUUCCAACAGCUCGGACAAUUCAUGGAGCCCCCCACGGAGACGUACCUCUCCUUCCACUGCCCCUCACACUUCUUCAGACAGCGGCUGAAGGGAGAAGAGGACAGAUGGAAUUCAGGGUGGGAGCGGUGGAGUGAAGAUCUAACAAUCUCACCUUUUAUCCAUAGCCACUAUGUGGUUUAAUUAUGUCAGCUUUUUUUCUUAAAAGCCUUGGAUAUUUGUUAACCCCUGAGGGUUCUUUGAAAAUGCUGGAGUGAAAGUUCUAUCAAAAAUGAAAAAGAAAAUAUAAAAAUGUUUGUGUAAACACGCACACGCGAGUACGCGCAUGGCGCGAUUAUCCCUCUCUCUGUCAUAGGGUGAUCCUGUGCAGUGAUGGGGUAUAGUCCAGUCUAGAUAGAUUUCUAAAUCAGUCUGCUAAAGAAAUCUCCAAAUUGUAUUUAUUUUGUUUUAAAAUAGGUUUUUAAGGUUGUCUGCCAUGUGUUUUGUUACAGAUACAAACACCUUUGUCCUGAGGCUUGCCGCUUCAUGUUUUUAAAAAAUGGGCAGUCAGUCAUAUUUUUUUAAACCCUCCCCCCUUUCCGCCAAAGGAGAAAACUGUGUAUGUAUAUAUAGAUAUAUAAAUAGGAAUAAAGGUGAUACAAAUAGUAUAGAUUUUAAAGAGUCACAUAUGAAUGAGAUGAGACUGCAUGUAACCUUGUUUUUGUCAGAGGAAAUCGCAACAUUCAUCUGGCAGGAAGGUGUUCAGUUGUUAGUGGGCCAUUAACUGGUCCUAAACGUACGUGUGUGUGUUUACAUAUAAAUAUGUAUAUAUAAAUAUAGCCAUAUAUAUAUUUAUAUAUAUAUAUAUAUAUAGUAUAAAAGAAAGAAAAACUCUGUAUUUUUUUAAACUUUUUGUUUCUGGAGUGGUGUAAUAUGUAAUAUGUCAGAGUUACUGCCCCACUGGGUGACAAGUAUUAUUGUAUGAGGGUCAUGGUAAAUGGUGUAUGAGACUGGUAUCUGGUUUUUGAAAUAAUCAGUAAAAAAGUUAAAUUUGUAAGGCAAAUACUGUACAGUGUAUUUUAUUUGCAUAUUUAUAUUCCACUGAAGUCAUUUUGUGUAAGUAUAGACAAAACUUUCAUUUUAGUUUUGAAUAGAGAAUUAAAUUUGACUAGAGAGUGAUAAAACCCCUAUCCUGUUAUUUUUUGCUGUCUGUGCCCAAUAGGAUAAUUUGCCCACACCAUUUGUCACAAUGGCCACUGAUCAACAAGAGUGAAUCAGGGAUACGGACAGCAAUAAAAAUUUAACAGUGGGUUUAAAUUCUAUCCAAAACCAAUAAAAACUUCCUCUACAAACAUUUUAACUCCAAAGAGGAUGUGGUUUUAACUUUUUUUUAAUCAAUCUAUAUGAACUCACAUUUGAAUGAAUAAGCCAAGAUAUCUGAUUUAAAUGAAUGCUCAGAUUACAAACAGUUAAAAACAUAUUUAAAGUAUUUUAAUUUAAUUUAUAACACUGAUCAGUUGGAAUUUAAAGAGAACUUACCACCACCUGGUACACAACAAACUAAAGGCAGCCAGGGGUUUGUAUACCUCCUGCAUUUACAGAAACUCAACCGAUGUGACUGAUCCACAGAAGAAUCCCUACAGCAAAAUCGACACUUCCAGGAGUGUCAACUAGAGCUUUCCACACUGCUCACCGUGCUACCGCCCACACCUAACCCCUACAUCAUCAAUGUGUUUCAGCAGCAUAGUAAGCCUAGUGUCAUUUUUGUACUAUGCUUGGAUUUUAGUGCAGAUCGUAGGGGAGUUCUCAUCAUCCUGGUAAAACACACUGAUGUUGUAGGAGUCAGAGGGAAUGGCACAGCCAGUAGCCUAAAGCCUCGUACACACGACCGAGUUUGUCGGCAAAAACCAGCAAGAAACUUGCUGGGAGAUAUUUUUU